AUGUCCAAUACCCCUCUUCUCAUGCUCCCCGCUGCGACUGCCGUUGCCUAUGCACCCCAUUUCAUCCGUGGCUUCAUUGUCAUCUACUACACCAAGAAAUGGAACAACAUUAGCCCCAGAGGCCAGCUCGAGAAGGUUGAGAGCAGGAUGACCAAGGCUGGAUGGGCCAUGGCCAAGCGCGCCGAGGGUGCCCACACCAACGGCAUCGAAACCCUCCCCGUCUUUUUCGGCGCUGUUCUUGCUGCGCUCCAUGCCGGUGUUGCCAAGGACACUGUCAGCUUCUACUCAACCUUCUUUGUUGCCUCCCGCGUGGUGUACAACAUUGUUUAUAUCUUGAACACAAACCAGCUGUCAGCUCUUGCCCGCACGGGUAUCUGGACUGCCGGUAUGGUUGCCUGCUUCAAGCUCUUCCUUGCUGCCGCUGCCACCAAGUACUAA